CCCGGAGAAAACGCACAGGGAGAACAUGCAAACUCCACACAGAAAUGCCCAAGGGAGAAUCGACUCAGGUCUUCCUGAUCUCCAGACUGACUGUGUUGGCCAACAUGCUAACCACUAGACCACCGUGCGGCCCCGUGGCUUCAAAUUAAGGGAAUGUCGUCAGAUUAGUCUUUGACUUUUAAGAAGCGUCAACCUCCAAACAGCUGACGCUGUUUUAGGCCUUUUUCCUCCACUAAAAGCUUUAACAGCAGCACAUUUGGGAUCAGGUUUCAGACCAGGGGUUCAGAUUAGCAUUAGGUUUACAGACUAGGGUUUCAGAUUCGGUUCAGGGUUUCAUACUAGGGUUAGAGUUUCAGACUUGAGGCUGAAUCUCAAUUCUACCCCUUAGCCCUUCCUCUUCGUCUUACCCGUUUAAAACCUAGGGCCAAGGGAAAGAAGCCACUAAGAAAUGGGCCACCACUUGGUUCUUAUUACGUCAUCACCCUUCACCGCUUGCUGGCGGUGACAUGGGCAGAUGAGAUGAUUAAAUGGUUUCUAAUCAAUGUUUCCUACCAUAAAGUAAGGUGUUUUCAGUUUUAUAUAGACUACCUCACAUAAAGCCUACCUAAUAAAAGGCAAACAUUUGUACAAACUGUGACAUUUAUUGCAAAACAACAAACAACUCUAAUAGAUAACAGCUUACAAACAAGACCUGUAACAACAUUUACAAAAAUAGAAAAUGUAGCAAUUGCAUUUUGCUGUAUUUGACUUUUGCAUACUGAGAUUGUAGCUUUUGAAAGGUCCGGAGUCUGUAUUUUGUAGCAGCUGACUUCACUUGCCUCAGCAUCUACUGCAGGAAUGACACAUAUGCAUGAAUGAGGGGCAACAACGAUGAACUCAUUGGAAAUACAAUAAUAGUAAUAGUAGUAUAGUAAUAGUGUGCUGAAAACAAAUAUAGAGUGAUGGCAAAAAAAACAGAUGGGACAACAGUAGAUUCCAAAAGUUGAAUCAAGUUUGUAUUGUGGUGUGCUGUCCACAUAUGGCCAUGUUGGGUACAUGUUUUUAUUUAUUUCAUAACUCGCGAAAACCAACAAUCGAAACAUGGUGAAUAUUUACGUGGAGUAGCAAUUGAUUGACUAUAUACUGUAAUAAAAGAUGAGUGAUGUUACUGUGAAACUCAAUAAUUAUGCAUAAUGACUUACAGUACAUUUAGGCUACUGUAUGUGUUUCCUUCGGUAUCUGCGCUUCCCUUUUCUCAGCGGGUCUUGUAGCUCCGCCUACCCCUUUGUUUCAAGUGUGGUCAGUGACCACACUUGUUUUCAAGGGGUGUGUACCCCUUAGCACCUACCCCUUACCCCUCGGUUUAAGGAGGGGUAAGGGGUAAAUGCUUCUCGUGAACGUGCAAAACCCACGGGUAAGGGGUAGAAUUGAGAUUCAGCCAAAGAUUAGGGUUUCAAAUUAGGUUUUUAAACAGUUUUCAGGUUAGAUGUAGGGUUGCUUUUUUUCUUUGAAAAAAGGAUUUAUUUGAACAACAAGUUUUGACAAGAAAAGUAGGGAUGUUACGAGAAAGUCUUACAAAGUCGUGUUCUUCAAAUUCUACUGGAAUUUGUAAUGAUUCCAGGAAAAAAAAAAUGUCCUUAUAAUCUUAAUUGUUGUGAGGGGAAAAAGGCAUAUUGUUUUCAAGGAGACUAUGAUGUAAUAAUAAUAAUAGCAUCUCAAGAGCCUCAGCGGUGUCUUUCCACAUUCAGAAUUCUUCCUGCCUGAGGGGACUCCAUUAAUACCUUACAGUGCAGCUGCUUGAAAAAAUCUUUAUUUGUGACCUCAGAUUGGAGGGGUCUGCUAAAAGCUUUGAGAUUAUUUGCUGGGGGGAUAAGGGAGGAGGCUGACUGAAUGUGACAUUACUUGCACUCAUUAGAGCUUCCAGGCACAGCAGCAUAUGUGCAUGUAUGCAUGCUAGCUUCAUAUACUGUAGCAGCACACUGUUCCCAUGUCAGUGUUACACUGCAGUCCAACACUCACACACACACAUUCAUGCUGGCCCACUUCUGAUUUUGCAUGGCAGCUCAGGAGGGACAUCUGACUUGAACGCGGCAAAUUGAGUCGCUACUACCUGUUUUACUGUGCAUAUGUAAAACUCUUGAAUCCUGAAUCUUAUAACGGUCAUCUGCAUAUUUAUUAAGACACAGAGAAGAGCAAUGUUUAUGCAGCAAGACAGCAAUGGCGUCAGCAGCUAAGAUAAAUGCCCGUGGUGUGGAAGGAAGCUGUUGGAUGAAAGGAAUCCAUACAUUAAUAUCGGCGUUAUUUGUGGCUCCAUAAUAAGAGUACCUCACAUUUAUUUCCAAUUUAAGAAUCCACCAAUUCACACUAAUGCUACAUAUUACCUAACAACUUCAAUAUUUUAAUUAUUCACUUAUUUUUAAUAGGAAUGUGCAGUAUAAUCCGCACUCAUUGUUUUCAGAAAACAGAUGAUGUGUUGUAUAAUAGUUUUUGUAAAAUUAAAUCCCUGUCAGUGCUUUGUUUUUGCCCAAUAAAUUUUGGUCUUGACUGGAAACGCAGUAGUUAUGUAAGACAUGUGCACUGUCAGGAUACUUUGUACAUAGCUGCUAAAGCUAACUGAACUGUUGCCAUCUACAACGGUGUAGUUCUGUCUUCUUGAAUGCUCAGUGUUAUUUUUCUUAACUGGUGUAGCUAGUAGUAGAAAUAAGUUAUAAGGAUUAAUAAUAAAGUAGCGUGUAAUAUUAAUAUGCAGUGAUAGCAAUGGCAUGGCCGCCAUGUGGGUUGGCCCAGCUGUUGUUUUGCUCCUCCUCCAUCCACGUCUGACCGCCUGGCUCACUCCAUCCCUCCCUCUCCAUCUUGCUGUCAUUUGCGUCCUUGCUCUCAGCCGGGGAGGAGGUGACGUGAUGAAGAAGCAACUUUGCCGGCUUUGCCAGUUGGAGGAGCAGGCCGCCAAGGUGAAGGCUGAUAACAUUCGGGUUGCUCUGGAGAAGAUCAAGGAGGCCCAGGUGAAAAAGCUGGUGAUCCGUGUUCAUUUGUCAGACGAGAGCUCCAAGACGAUGAUGGUGGACGAGAGACAAACGGUCCGACAGGUUCUGGACAGCUUGCUGGAGAAGUCCCACUGUGGUUACAGUCCAGACUGGUCACUGGUGGAAACCAUCCAUGAACUCCAGAUGGAACGCGUCUUUGAGGAUCACGAGAACCUGGUGGAGAACCUCCUGAACUGGACCCGAGACAGCCAGAACCGCCUCAUGUUCACAGAGCGGAUUGAGAAGUACGCGCCUUUCAAGAACCCGCAGAACUAUCUGUUGGGGCGGAAGGAGACGUGCGACAUGGCUGAGCGCAACAAAGAAGCUCUGUUGGAGGAGUGUUUUGGGGGCAGCUCUGUGUCUGUCCCUGAGAUGGAGGGCACACUGUGGCUCAAAGAGGACGGCAAGAAGUCCUGGAAGAAGCGCUACUUCCUGCUUCGGGCCUCUGGAGUCUACUAUGUCCCCAAAGGCAAAGCGAAGGCGUCUCGAGAUCUGGUGUGUUUUCUCCAGUUGGACCACGUCAACGUCUACCACGGCCAAGACUAUAAGAGCAAGUACAAGGCUCCCACAGACUUCUGCAUGGUGCUCAAGCACCCUCAGAUCCAGAAGAAGUCUCAGUAUAUCAAGUACCUGUGCUGUGACGAUGUCAGAACCCUCCAGCAAUGGGUCAAUAGCAUCCGCAUCGCUAAGUACGGGAAGCAGCUGUACAUCAACUAUCAGGACGCCAGGAGGAGGACGGAGGCGGCCUAUGACUGGUCCUCGCUCUCCUCCUCCUCCAUUAAGUCGGGAUCGUCCUCCUCCAGUCUUCCAGAGUCCCAGUCCAACCACUCCAGCCAGUCUGACAGUGGCGUGUCAGAGAUGAUGUCAUUGGGCCACACCCGCUCGCAGAGUGUAGUCAGCUCCAUCUUCUCUGACGCGUGGAGGCGGGGCACGCAAGGAGGAGAGAUGAUGAAGAUGGACACCAUCAGUAGACCCAUCCCCUUGCAGAUCCCCAACUUCUCCUCUCAGCACCUCCCUCUCUCCCAGCCUCAGACGCCGCCCUCCCGGAGCAGCUACACCGACGGGAUGGUUCCCACCGGAGAUUGCUCCCCGCCCCCGGUGGCGAGCGUGGCCCACCAGGCGGCCUCCUACAUCAAAUACAGCACGCUGGCUCGGCUGCAGAACCAAAACCAGAACCAGUCCCAAGCUCAGCCAGCUGCAGCCCCCCCACUUCCCAACUACAACACUCUGCCGGCUGCUUACAGCUCACCACCUCCACCACCUCCACCCUCAGAACCGCUUCAAGGCUCCACCCUGACUCUGCAACAGAGUCACACCUCCCUUCCUCCUCCACCGCCGGAGGACGAAUCCUCAUACCUCCCACCUCCGCCACCGGAGAUCCUGGAAGCCAACGGGUUGCCCCCCCCACCCGAGGCCACCCUGGAGCCCCACACUCACCUGUCCAAUGCUGGUCUCAAGCAGUUCCUGGCCCAGAAGUUUCCAAACAUGGUGUAUGACUUUACUCCACCUGUGCCCGGGGAGUCCACCCCUCCUCAAGCACUGGCCGAGCUCUCUCCCCCUGCAUCCCUGCGUCCACUGUCUCCCAAUGCGCCCCCGCCAACACCACCCAAAACCUUCACUGGUGGUUUUCCUCCACAGACCCCCCCUAAACCCACAGGUCCAUCCUCCCUGCCAAUUGCACUGUCACCGGUGUCCCCCACGCCGCCCCUCAGUGGUCACGGCCCUGUGAAGAAGCAGCAGAGUUUCUCCACAGGCCACUCCCCCAAUCAGCCGCCGCCCACCCUCCCCAAGCAGCACAGUCUCUCCUCCAAAAACCUUGUCCUCUCCCCCUCAUCCUCCUCUUCCUCCGUCUCCAUGGCGACCUCAUCUCUGGUCAAACAGAUUGUCAACCAGUUUCCAGGAAACGCCGCAUCCGCCUCGGUUCCCUCCUCCAACUCCAUAGAGGGCUCAAAGUUUAACACCCCUCAGUCCCCCCCGGCAGUCAAGGCCAAACCAAAAUGGCAGCCAGGGGGCGUUGUCGCUCCACAGUCCCCAGAGUUCCCCCCGCCUCCUCCUGACAACUCUCUCACCGAGUUCCCCCCUCCGCCUGCCUCCAAGACGGGCUCCCCCAUGAAGAAGUCUCCUUCCACCUCUUCCACAGGCUCCACCAAGCGGGGGCCGCCUCCUGCCCCGCAAAGAGCCUCCUCCAUGCGCUCCAACUCAGGCGAAGCGGCGGACGAGCGGCCCAAGAAAGUGGAGACCCUCCUCACUAAAUUUGGACAAGCUCCUCAAGCUCAAACGUCCUCCAGCUCCUCCUCAGCCACCGGAUCGCCCGCCAAGGAGGCCUCCGCACUUCCCAAGCCGGGCAAGCUGAAUCUGGCAAAUCUGCCGUUGGCGCUCCAGGGGCUCCAAACGGGCCAGAACCAUCAGGCCUCCUCAGACUUCCCGUCCCCCCCCCUGCAUCAUCUGGAGUCAUCACCUGACUACUUCCCUCCCCCGCCCAGCGACUCUGAGCUCUUCCCUCCUCCGCCCCACCCGUCUGAGUUCCACCAGCCGCCAAAGGUGGCCGUGGUCAACCCCCAGCCUCAAAAGCAGCCGGCCCCACCUUUGUCAUCUUCAGCGUGGAAGCAGGGCUCCCUCAAAAAGGGGGCGGUCCCUCUGCCCAUGCUAAAUCGGCGGGCGAGCAACACAACCACGCACGACACUCAAGUGCCGCUCUCGCCACCGCCCCUCUCCCAAACCCCGCCUCCCUCACUCUCUUCUUUCUCCUCCUCCUCCUCUCCCAUCCCCCCCACGUCCCCGAAAUCUGUGGGGCCGAGCACCUUGGCGCUCAAGACUCAUUUCCUGGAAGACCUGAACCGCACCCUCAAGAGGAAGUCCGUUUCCCGCCAUGGCUCCCUCACCUCCUCCCAGCUCGUCCCGUCCUCCAAGAUGGAGCCCGUGGCCACCAUGGACGACAUGGCGCUCCUCCCGCCCCCCCCGCCCGAGCUCCUUCAUCAGCAGCAGGACGGCCGGCGCCACACGCAGACGCUUUCCCGCCACCAGGCACACUCCCAGUCCGCCAAACACGGCGCCAACAUUUCAGGCUAUGCAACGCUGCGGCGAGGACCGCCGCCCGCGCCGCCCAAACGGGACCAAAGCACCAAACUGACCAGCGAGUGGUAGACGUGUCCCCAGACUGGUGGAGAGUCAUGUGACUUGAUCGAACGGGAGGAGGCGGGUCAUAACAGGAAACAAACUUUCUACUUCCUGUUCUGCGCUUCAUUUUUUCUCGCAUUCUAUAUGUUGAAUAAUCAGUACAAACACACACAUAUACACAAAGAUGUAAAUGUUGAUGUAUAUACUUUGAUUUUACAAAGCCUACACAUGACUGAAGGAGGUAGGAACCAUGAAGGAUGAGUGUUGAUAUCGUACAGAUGGGCGUUUCAUGUCAAUUUUAUAUAAGAUAAUUUAAUACUGCAAAGAUCUUUCUUAGCGCUUGAAUCAUUUCAACUUUCAUCGUAAACGUGUUGCAAAUGUUUUCUUUUGUUUGCUCGUUAUUGCGAGCCACGCUGGCGGCCAUAUUGCUUCGCUCGCCGUAGCGGAGGAGAGGCUAUGGAAUGUAGGAGGCGCUCCAAAGAACACCACAUCACUGUGCGCAUCAUCAAUCCCAUCAAUCGAUCAAUAAAACCAAUCAGCUCAA